UGACUUCAAAUUUUUCGAGAAUGGAUGAAUAGUAGUUCUAAGGGUCAUUCAUCUUAUGGAUUUGGUAUAAACAACCGUUCAGGACAAUGGCUUGGUGAGAAUGAAUGUGAAAGGGUGAGAAUUAUCAGAGAAUGGGUGCAGAUGACAUCGCAGCAAAGAAACAAUUGUGGAUCACUUAGAGAUGGAGUUGCUGAAGCUGGCUCUCAAAUCGAGCAGGUGCGUGAUGGAUUAGUAAUCACUCAUCCGGAGAUUAGUGCGCGAAGGCCCAUCCGAAGAUUAUGCGGUAGACAGACUCUUCUUGAUCUCCUUCUGAGGGCUCAGGGUGAAAGAAAACGGGAACUUCUGGAUUUAUCGGAGCAGAGACCAGUCUCAGAUUUCGCUCAUCGCAAUCGCAUUCAGGCGCUCCUUAGAGGUAGGUUCCUACGGAAUCAAGAAGUGGUCCCUGACGAGAGACCAUCUUCAGUGGCUGCAACUGAGCUGGGUUUGCUGAGGCAAAGACAUACCGUUUCGGACCUCAGGGAAGGCUUCCUCUCAAAGUUGGACAGUACUGUUUCGACUUCAGUGAACAGUGCUGAAUCUGGUUCCUAUCUUAAUGAUGAAGUUAAUAGGGAACCAGAGUCUACAUGCAUGGAACAGGGAGUUACUGAAAUUCGUACAACAUCAGACUUGGAAAGUGCUGCAGAUGGAAACGGGAGUCGGGAGGAGCUUGAAGUACCAGUAACUGAAGAAGAGUAUACUGUUUUGGACAAUGAAAGAAGUGAGGAAGAACUGUCAUUUGGUAUUGAAAGUGCUGGUAGUAGAGAGGAGCCAGAUUUGGAAACUGAAGCAAGGCAGCAAGAAGUAUUAUCUGAUGUUGUAUUUUCUGGUAGCAGACAUGGAGAACAGAUCAAUUCCCCCACUACCGAUCAAUCAUUGUCAGAAUCUGAAAAUUACAGUCAACCCCUUGAAGUUCAUAACAACAAUUAUGAACGUAGGACUGCUGCAAUUUAUGUUCGUGAAGAAUCUGAUUUUCAAGGUGCAUCAGCUCAAGUGGAUGAAGAAUCUGAUUUUCAAGGUGCUUCAGCUCCAGCGGAUGAAGAAUCUGAUUUUCAAGGUGCUUCAGCUCCAGCGGAUGAAGAAUCUGAUUUUCAAGGUGCUUCAGCUCCAGUGGAAGAGUUGGAAGAACCAGUACUCGAGAUUGAAGACAGUGGCUGGGAACAGAUAAAUACUGUUGCAUUUACUGAAUGGGGUGACAGUACCGGAGAAGAGACGGCCAGAAGUUGGCACGAAACCUCUGUCAAUCAAUGGUUUGUGGAAACUGAAAUAUCUGAUAACAAUGUUGAUGUGCAAGAUCAGAUGCAAGAAUCACAUGGAGACUGGCCAAGCAAUGAUUUGCAGGAGGCUAUUGACAGCUGGCUAGAUAUGCCUUCUGGAGAGAUUGAUGCAUCUGGUGGAGGAAUCGAUUCAUUUUAUUCCCAUGAUGAUGAUAAUGUUCACAGUAUGGAACUUAGGGAGCUUUUCAGCCGGAGACGUGUCUCUAGUCUACUUCGUAGUAGCUUCCGCGAGAGUUUAAAUCAGGUGCUACAGUCCCAUGCGGAAAGGUUAGGUCGUGCUUCUGGUGAUUGGGAACCUGAUGAUACAUCUCCAGCUCCCUUGAUCGAGCAAGACCAGCAACAAUUAAAUGGUGAUCAAACUUCGACUCUAUCUGAUGGUGCUGAAAGAAAUCCCUUUGCUCCCUCAAACUUUUUCACCGAGCCACAUUGGGAUGAGGAAUUACAGAGUACAAAUUGGCCACACUACAACUCGAAUCAGCAGUUGGGAACGGAGUGGGAGGUCAUCAAUGAGUUGCGGAUCGACAUGGCAAGGCUUCAGCAGAGGAUGAACAACAUGCAAAGUAUGCUGGAAGCAUGCAUGGGCAUGCAAAUAGAGUUGCAGCGCUCGGUGCGCCAAGAGGUUUCUGCCGCUUUAAAUCGGUCAGUUUUCUCAAGAGAUGCGGUCGAAGCUCAAGGUGAUUGGCUUCACGAUGAAUCUCAGUGGGAGUACGUAAGGCAAGGAAUUUGCUGCCUGUGCCAGGAUAGCAAAAUUGAUUCCUUGCUCUACAGGUGCGGGCACAUGUGCACAUGUUCCAACUGCGCAGAAGAUUUGGUGCAGCAGAGGUUGAAGUGUCCCAUGUGUGGUGCCCCUGUUGUUGAGGUUGUCCGAGCUUACUUCAUCCACUAGUACAACCACAAAUACCCCAUUUACAUACAUACAUAGCUCAAAAUGCACAAUUACAGUAGUAGAAUCAUCCAAAUUUCCCCUGGAGUUCCACUAGAUGGCACCUCUGAUUUAUAUUGUUAAAAUCAGAGUUAUUUGUGCCGUGAAAUCACCUUAUUUAUUUAUCUCAAGUGACUGUCCUUUUACCCAAUGGAGAAAAUGUUACCGCUGCUGUAAUAUUUUUGUUAACCUUGUUACUGCUGUACAUCAGACACCUCAAAGUCAUUGGCUAUUAGUGAUGGCUGUUAAUGUGAAUAAAUUUCUUGAA